UUUAAUGAUGAUACUAGGCUGAGAAACAAACAAAAAAAAAUCGUUAAGAGCCGUCUCUAGGACGACGCUGCAGUAGCAUAGAAGAACAACCAAGUGAUUGAGAGAGCGAUCGAUUUCGUUUCGUUUUUUCCAUUAACCUCAAAACCCUACAGAAAACCCGUUACCGAUCGAAUACAUAUAGGCAUUCGUUACUUUUACAGCUGCAAAAGAAGGUAAAAACAACACCCUUGAAAGAUAUUAAAAGUAGAGAUCACACAAACUGCCCUUCAUUGAAGAAGAAAAAAAAAAAAAAGAAAAAUACUCACGAGUCGUGAACAACCAAAACACACAUACAUACACAUGUUAGUUAGCGAAACCAAAUCAGCAACAACAAGAACAUCCAAUUCACUAAUGAACGAGAAAACAGACGCCAUUUUCAUCUUCGUUUCUCUUAUUGAUUUCCUUCGAAUAUGAAACCAAAAAGAUGUAGAAAACGAUAGUUUUUUCUUUCUCUUCUCCAAAACCAAAACCAAUGAUGAUGAUGCUAAGCUAAUCACCAAAAAAAAACUGCUGAAAGCUGUUUAAAUUUAUCGCAAAAAAUAUAAAUAUUAUCUAAGAGACAAAAACAUAGUUAAAUUGAAUAAUGUUAUUGAUAACAAAAUGUUUUAUAGUUGAAUUUCCAAAGAAAAGUAAAGCAAAAAUAAGAUCUUUUUUUAAAGCCCCCGAAAACGAAAGUCAUUUUAUAAAUUAAUUGUAAAACAAAGAGAGGAAUAGAAAACCACACCCAUCCAUACGGAUUAACGUAAAGCCCUUAAAAAAAAGCUAGAGUUCUGAAUCAGCAUUCAUCCUUUAAGCUCGUUUCUUCUUUUUCUAAAAUCAAACACGAAUAAAGCUAAUUCAACUUACGAGAACGAAAAAAAAAAAAAACAAACGAUUCCAAUAUCAUCACAUUUUUCACAUUCAUUCGUAGUUGAACUACUUUCGAAUCUCUCAACUAGUAGAGGAAAAGUAUCAUUACAAUAAGAACGCAAAAACAAACAACUACUCACAACUUGAAAGCUUUAAAUCUUCCCAAAGUUAUAUACACAGUUUCAAAUUGUUUUCUUUUUUCGAGAAACAAUAAACGAACGGAAAACAAACAAACACUCACUUUUUCUCGCUUUGCCGAAUCUCUCUUUCUCGAAGCCAACUGCGAUUGGUUUAGUUUUUUUUUAUCUACUGUUUAUAAUUUCGAACACAGCGCUUGUCGUCUAAAUUUUUCAGUUAUCGACACAAACCAGAAUCGAAAAUCUGUUUUCUCGGAUGCAAAAUUUUUAAGAUAGUUAAACAAAAAUCAAAAGCACACACCCAACAGACCGACACAAUCCUUCCCCGAAAAAACCACACCCAACCGGUGAUUUUGUUCUCUAAAGCAAGCAAGCGACGAACCGGAAGCGGAAGAAGAAGUCGAAAAUUAAUAAAAAAAAACCCGUGCAGAGGAAGUAAGAGUUUAAGACUAUUUUAUGCAUAUCAAAGAAAAUAAUAAAACUUUAAUAAAAGCGAAGAAAGAAAACCGGAUUAAGCGAAAAAAAAAAAUUGUGCGAAAGAAUCAGUUAGUUAAACAAGCAAACAAAGCAAACAAUUCGACGUGCAGCACACGAAGCGAUUUAGCACAACAGAAACAAUACACAACCCAAUGACUGCAAAUAUCAAGCAAGUAGAAGAAGAAGAAGCAAACAAUAAUGAGCGAAAACAAAUAAUAAUUGACGUAAUUGAUGCGUUGCGAAAGGUAAAACCACAACAACAACAACAACAACAACACAAGACGACGACGACCACAACGUUGCAUUGAUUUGGAGCUUUUAUUUUUCGUUUUUGAAUUUUCUAUUUCGGGGCUGUCCGCAACCCACGUGGACAGUUUUUUUUUUAGAGGUUUUAGACACCUACCUCCCCCCUCCACCACUGCGUGGACAUUCGUCCAUUUAAAUUUUGUAUUGACCGUGGAUAUUUGCCG